AACCAUUAUUACGUAUACCGUAGAAGCUGUAUGACGACAAGUCGAUUUUGUAGGCGCAAGGCCAGUCUUGCAAGGGAGUAGUGCGCGUUCCCUGUUUUGACGCAGAAAUAAGUGAAGAACUGCUGGCUGAUGUGAAAAACCCGCGGAAAAUGUUGGUCUUCAGUUGGACUUUAGGGCUUUUAUGUUCCCUCUCUUUGCUACCUGUACAAGGGAAGAUGUGUAGCGCCAUGAUCAAGGCUGCACCCGGUGAUGAUCUGACCGCGCUUCGUGACAACGCUUUCGCGGCUUUCAGAACCGAGUGCCGCGGUAAACAAGGCAAUCUCGACGACACCAAAUCUUGCUCGUUCACUUUGGAGCCGUCCGACCCUCCAGUUGCCACGUUCAUCUUGCAGCCGCUGAGGGCGCCUUUCCGGUUGGACUUCGAUGUAAAGACCCACCGCGAUGCCAUAAUAGUCCUGGCGGAGGAAAAGACAGAAGCGUCUGUCUUUGCCUGGAUCACCAUAGGUGGCUGGUCAAGACAGAGGUCGGCCAUCCGUGCCUGCUUCAUCUUUGGCUCGCCGGAAUGUGGGCAGUUGCUGGGUGGGCGUUCAGAGCACAUCGAGGUAGAUAUCGUCGUCGACAGUGAAAGUCGCCCCUUCUGGAUGGAGUACAAACACGGCGUGGUGACCGUCGGCAAAGGAGGACAGGAGGAGGCUUUCUUGGAGUGGGACGCCGCUGCGUAUCAUCAUCGCCACAUAUCAACGCCCGUAUACGUCGGUAUAAGUUCUUGGACAUAUGUACCUGCGGACUGGGUGUUCUACCAAUUCUGUGCCUAAGAGUACAAAAGCAAUGGGCAGAAUGAGUGUGAUGUAAUACGAGGUACAGACAGUUGACAUAAUACGUAAGUUGAGGCAUUUGAGAAUUUUUCAAUAUUCUAAGAAAGUUUUCUCGGAUAACUAAUUUGUUGACCUUUAUGGUCUUUGGUUUUACUGAAGCGAUUCCAAUUGAGUAGAGAACAUUUACAGUGUUGCGCUCUUUGUUGAUGGUUUGUGAUGGAUAGUGGUCAUUGGUAUCACUGUCUAUAUUGUGCUUAUGCUUAUCACUGAGUCAUUCAUUGUUGAGUUAUGGUGGUCGGAGUUAUGGUGGUCGGGGGUAACGCCUAAUGCUUCCGGUUUGCCCUGCUUUUUGGUAUUCCGAUUAAUAUUCUUAAAUUAAACUUGAAGCGGUGGCACAUACUCACACAA